AUGCUUGAACAUGGGACGUAUAUGGACGAAGAGUGCAUGAGCUCGAUGAAAGAGAAUGGUGUCGUCCUAAUUCACACCAGGACUGUCAUCCACGAAGUCCUAAAGAACAGAAAUCUUCUCAAAACGAAUCCCAAGAAACCUGCUGAAGCAAGUGACCAGAUUGCCUUGAGCGCUGAUCUCGAUUUCCUACGCCUAACACAGCUAGUGUGUGCGGCUGAUAGCAUAACCCCUUUAACGGCAAUUGAAGCAGCAACAGUGAUUUCUGCGAAAAAGCUAGGACCCCAAACGCUGCUAAGCGGACUGCUCAAGGAAGGAGACGAUGCAGAUAUUAUUGCUGUUGAUGGGAAUCUGCUCGAAGAUGCCGCUUUUUUGAAUAGGCUUGAUAGAAUCACAUAUGUAUUGUGGUUUGUUCCAACAGAUGAGCAUUUUCGCAAGAUCCCAUCGCUACCCCCAACUUGGUCACACCUUUCCAUUAAAACCUACCAUUCCCAUCUACACCGUUUAUUCCGAGUUUCCUCGGAAACCGUGCCGACUAAUCUUCACCUGACAAGAACCGAACAUCAUCAGUGGAUAGCUGCGGAAGCGUACAGCGUGGCCAACACGUACCUACUGAAAUUGCAGGGAACAAGAAGAACAACGUCACCAUUUCAACAUGAUACCGCAAUAACACCACUAUGCAUCAUUUUCCUUCCUUUCUCAACGAAAUGCAACCCAAGCAUCUACCGACUUCCGCCCAAUAUAUCUUUGCCUUCUUUUAUAAUUGUGCCUCUUUCCUAUUGCAAUAUUUCCCUCCCUUAUACCUCACCGCCUCCUCUUAUCCCAUACCAUCUUCUUUGUACCACGAAACAAUAUGGUGUAUACAAUUGUCCUGAAGAUAAAUUGGCAGAGGAGAACCAAGUCUACAGUCGAGACAAGGAGACUAUGGGCUGGCAUGUGAUGCAGCAUGUUGGCGAUCCGAGGAAAUUUACAAUUGUGGAGAGGUAUCUAAAAGAGGGCGUGAGUGAUUAUUUCAGAUUUAGACACGAACGGAGAAUUGAUCUGCUUACACAUGAUGUAGACCCAGAGGUAUCAUCUCGAGGUACCUAUCACACAUCUUCCUCUUUCAAGGGAAUAGAUCCACUCCUGGACAAGCCCAGGGAUCUCCGCCGCUCGAACGAACUAGAUACUGGUGCAAAUGCGGCUGGGGCACACUACCAUGAAGACGCUCGCCAGGAUACAUCAAUUGAUACGAUGUAUGAUGAUGCUAAAUUCAAGCGUUUAUACAGUCUCGUUUUGUGUUUCAACAUGAAAUAUAUCUUGAUCUUAUUUGUGCACUCCCUAUUUUUGGAGGUCCGAACCGCAAACUUCGCCCAUGAACACCACGCCAAGCAUCUCUGCACGCUGGACUCCUUCGCCUUGCAUAACCGUGAUUUGGAAUUCGCAGCUUAUCCCCCACAAAAGAGCUCUGAUUCGCCAAUCCAUAUUAAGACCAUGCCCCGUUCCCCCAGAUCUGCAACUGCCUCUUCAACGUCACACAACGGCAGCUUGAGCUUCCGGACACAAAGAUAUCGCAUUCCACAUAUUGAUGAAAUGAAGAAUUCCUGA